AGCGGGCGCUGGGCUGCGCGGGGUUCGCCUGAGUCGCGGGCGGAGCGGCGAGCGGCGAGCGGCGAGCGGCCGGCGGAGGGUCCCGAGUGCCCGAGCUCCCGAGCGGCCGCCGGCUGGAUGGGAAGUUCAUGGUGACGGCGGCGUCCACCACCCCAGGUUUCCAAGGUGGCGACAGACAAGGUGGCGGAAAAGCUGAGCUCUACUCUCUCAUGGGUGAAGAACACAGUCUCGCAUACCGUCAGUCAGAUGGCCAGUCAGGUGGCCAGUCCAUCUGCAUCAUCACACACGACAUCCUCAUCCACCACACUGUCAACACCAGCGCUUUCGCCGGCCUCCCCUUCAAAGUUGAGUCCAGACGACUUAGAACUCCUGGCUAAGCUGGAGGAGCAGAAUCGCUUGAUAGAGACGGAUAGCAAGUCUUUAAGAUCUGUGAAUGGGUCAAGAAGAAACAGUGGCUCUUCUCUUGUAUCAAGUUCCUCUGCCUCCAGCAACCUCAGUCACCUGGAAGAAGACUCUUGGAUUCUGUGGGGAAGAAUUGUGAAUGAAUGGGAUGAUGCACGCAAGAAAAAAGAGAAGCAAGUGAAGGAGCUUGUUCGUAAGGGGAUACCCCACCACUUCAGAGCAAUCGUUUGGCAGCUUUUAUGUAACGCACAGAGUAUGUCAAUUAAGGACCAGUAUUCAGAACUCCUGAAAAUGACUUCACCUUGUGAAAAACUGAUCCGAAGAGACAUUGCUCGAACUUACCCAGAGCACAAUUUUUUUAAGGAAAAAGACAGCCUUGGACAGGAGGUUUUAUUUAAUGUGAUGAAGGCCUACUCCUUGGUGGAUCGUGAGGUUGGCUACUGUCAAGGCAGUGCUUUCAUAGUGGGAUUGUUGCUUAUGCAGAUGCCAGAAGAAGAAGCUUUUUGUGUGUUUGUUAAAUUAAUGCAAGACUACAGACUUCGUGAACUCUUUAAACCAAGCAUGGCAGAAUUGGGCCUUUGUAUGUACCAGUUUGAAUGCAUGAUACAGGAGCAUCUUCCAGAGCUCUUCGUACACUUCCAGUCUCAGAGUUUCCACACGUCAAUGUACGCGUCAUCCUGGUUUCUGACCAUCUUUCUGACCACAUUCCCAUUACCAGUCGCAACAAGGAUAUUCGAUAUCUUUAUGUCUGAGGGUUUAGAAAUAGUGUUUCGAGUCGGAGUAGCACUUCUUCAAAUGAAUCAGACAGAAUUAAUGCAACUUGACAUGGAAGGGAUGUUGCAGCAUUUUCAGAAGGUCGUUCCACAUCAGUUUGAUGGUGGCCCGGACAAAUUGAUCCAGUCAGCUUAUCAAGUCAAAUACAACUCAAAAAAAAUGAAAAAACUUGAAAAAGAAUACACUACGAUAAAAACGAAAGAGAUGGAAGAGCAAGUUGAAAUUAAAAGGUUACGCACAGAAAAUAGGCUUUUAAAACAACGUAUUGAAACGUUAGAAAAAGAAAGUGCUUCCUUGGCAGAUAGAUUGAUACAGGGACAAGUGACAAGAGCCCAGGAGGCUGAGGAAAACUACCUCAUAAAACGGGAGUUGGCCAGCAUCAGACAGCAGAGUGAUGAGGCCAGCGCUAAGCUGGAGCAGGCUGAAAGCACCAUCCGGGAGCUCCGGCACCGGCACCACUGGCAUAAAUGCAGCUCCUCCUACAACGAAGAUUUCGUGCUGCAGCUGGAGAAGGAGUUGGUCCAAGCCAGGCUGAGUGAGGCUGAGUCUCAAUGCGCCCUGAAAGAGAUGCAGGACAAAGUGCUGGACAUAGAGAAGAAGAACAACUCGUUUCCUGAUGAGAAUAACAUCGCGAGGCUUCAGGAGGAGCUCAUCGCCGUGAAGCUGAGAGAGGCGGAAGCCAUUAUGGGUUUGAAGGAACUUCGACAGCAAGUCAGAGAUCUAGAAGAACACUGGCAACGUCAUUUAGCCCGAACUUCUGGAAGAUGGAAAGACCCGCCCAAGAAGAACACUGUGAAUGAGUUACAGGAUGAGCUGAUGAGCAUCCGCCUCAGAGAAGCAGAAACCCAGGCAGAAAUAAGAGAAAUGAAGCAGAGGAUGAUGGAGAUGGAGACGCAGAACCAGAUCAAUAGUAACCAGCUUCGAAGAGCAGAGCAAGAGGUCACCAGUCUGCAGGAGAAGGUGCAUUCUCUUUCUGCGAAGAACAAAGGGUUGCUUACCCAGUUAAGUGAGGCAAAGCGCAGACAGGCAGAGAUUGAAUGCAAGAACAAGGAGGAAGUCAUGGCUGUGAGGCUCCGGGAAGCCGACAGCAUCGCUGCUGUGGCUGAACUGAGGCAGCAGAUCGCCGAGCUUGAAAUCCAGAAAGAAGAAGGCAAGCUCCAAGGGCAGCUUAGCAGGGCCGACUCCAGCCAGUGCAUUCGGGAGCUGAAGGAUCAGAUCGCAGAGCUGACUCAUGAGCUCAGGUGCCUAAAAGGCCAGAGGAACUUCUCCAGCCAACCACCGUUUGAUGGAAUCCACAUCGUCAGCCAUUUGAUAGGAGAGAGUGAGUCCUUCCCCUCCUCAGACGAAGAGUUUGUGGAUGGUUCCUUACAGGAAAGUGGCCUUGCGUUUCUGUUGCGUGGAAAGUCUGGCUCCGCGUCUCUGGAUCCGGCUUUGGCAGACGGCAGUGAGAGCGAAGCGGAUGAUGGUGGCGUGCCGGGAACGCAGCCCCCACAGAGAGAGUCCUACUCCACCACGGUCUGACCAUCACUGUGACAGCCUGAGAUGAGAUGGGGCCGCCCUCUGUCCUGUGUGUGUACGUGUCUGUAUUUACAGCCUCACGUGACUGCCAAAUGUUCCUUGAAUCUCCAUUGCCACGGUAGACUGGAGUGCGCUAAUUGGGAAAUGGAGUUCUAACAGUAUUACAGAAUAUUAACUUUUCAUAUUUAGAAAAUACUGCUAUGUCGAAAUGUCAGAACCAUUUUAAAAUUCAGAACUGUGGGAAAUUGGAUUUUCUUUAAACAAAACUGCUCUUGUGCAAUAUUCUAUCCUCACUGAUCACAGUGCGCAUUGGUGUUCCUCAUUCUGUUUCCAAGGUGGCUCCUCUAGACAUCCAGCCAAAGCACAGAGGUGGCUCAACUUGUGUUUUGAGGAUAUGUUUUCUUCACUAAAACUGUAGCCCUGUUAGUGGGUCAUUGAGGACUGUCAAACACAACUUUUUUCUGUAUAAUUUCUAAACACAAAGUAAUCAUUGUCUGUUCUGAAAGUUUUUUGUUUCAGUUUCUACAUUUUAUGUGUAUCAUACUUCUGUGUGUCAGAAUAGUAGCAGGCUAGCUGCAGAUAUAUUAUUUGUACAUAUUUAUAAAUCCGUAUCGCCCGGCAUUGGAGACCCUCUUACGCGAGGAGCAAACGUUGCCAGCAUUCUGACAGGACUCUGUAAGUAGCAGGGUAAAGAAACUAAACCCGGACCAGAACUACUGUUGGAGCAGCUGGGGUAGCCUGUACUCAGCGGAUCCUGGCUGGUCGCUGUUCAAACACUACUGGUGAAGUCCUUGACUCCAUCCGUGACUAAUAAACUCCGCCAUCAAAGAGGUUAUAGCACAUGCUAGUUCAUGCCAAUCUAUUUAAUGUAAUUUACACUAGAAUAAGUUCCAAGAUGCACAGCAAAUAUAUCUGGGGGGGAAAUCUGUGAGUAUUUAAAUCCUCUAGUUUCUGAUUGACAGGUAAAGCCAUAAGAACCCUUUCUUCCUAGUCGUUUCUUUGUAUUAUUUAGAGUUUUUCUCUAGAAAACUGAACGCUUGUUAUUUGUAAAUUGAGAAACGAUACUCACCUGUGGAGAGGCUGCUGGCCUGUGUUGACUGGAUGUUUUCCACCCUCAGUUUUUAGUAGCCUGAGGCAUAGAGGAAGAUAGAAUGUAGUGUGUUUGGAAGUACAUUUUUGCACAGAGUGUUGCAUACGCAAAGAAAAAUAUUUUAUAAAAUGGAGUAGAAGAAACAAGUAGUUUACCUUCUAAAGCUAUAUAAUGCCUUAUGCUGCAUCAUGGGCUAAGCUUUCCCAGACAGGACUGGAAACAUGCCUUCUGUUUUCAGAACACCUACUAAAUUACAAGCUAGUUAUUUAACAGAGCUAAGAUAUUAAUUCAGAUCUCUCUCUAGACUUCUAGAGGUCUAGCUAACAAGUUUUUCAGUUCCCUUUUCUCUGGCAAUGUUACAUCAAUAAUUUUCAUUUCAAUUCAAUUUCCUAAGUAUCUCCUGUUGGGUGUUCAUCUACCUGACAGAGACUUGACUACUGUUAGCCCAAGAGGCCGUCAAUAGCCCAGUGACAUAAGAGGAGUUAUAGCCCUCCUUUUUUAUCUUGACCCCCUUAUCAAGAAGCCUCAGUGGGACUAGAAGUGUAGCCUGGAAGUUAGAGGGUUUACCUAAAAUGCCCAAGACCCUGUGUUCAAUUCCAAGCCCCACCAAAAGAUGGAUAAGCUCAGAGAAUAACCCUCUCUGGUUUGGAACUAGGUGUAAAAGAACCCGGUCAUUAAACCUUAAUUCAUUGAUGCUCUUGUGAUUUGUACAGUGGAAAAUUAGAAGCAACAUCCUCUCCAGAGCUUUGAGUCCAGACAGGUGCAGUGAUGCAGAUCUGUGGUCCCCGCUGCUCGGGACCGGCCUGGGGAACACAGUAAGAUGUUAUCUUUUAAUUCACUUAGACCUUAGAUAUAAAUCCUUCUGGGUUUUAGCAUCCAGUAGGAUACUGUGCCCUGAUCUGACUCCAUUUCGUCCAAAUUAAUGUAAGUAUAUUGUUCAACACUUUGAAGCAUUAGACUGUGUCUCUACUGAUGAACUUUAUGUCUUGAAGAAUUGAAAGACAUUUUAUGGGAACAAAUAGGAUGACAGAUGAUGGGAAACUUGAUCUCUUGGGACAGUGACCUUCCCUUACCACUCCAGGUGACACAUUGAAAGGACUCUUUCCCCACUGCUGGGGAUGGAAUCCCGGGCCGUACACACGGUGGGCAAGCUCUCUACCCCUGAGCCACAGCCAGGUCUGGCGUCUUCAAAAUCAGCAUAUACAUUUUCUUUAUGGAAAAUGAGACCAAAGAUUUUGUUUGACACAACUUCUACUCUGGUUCUUGUUAUUUGGAUUGUUUGUUUUGGUUCGUCUUUAUUUUGCUUGGCCAGUUGGCAGCCACUCAGCCCUUGCUGAUUGAAACAUCAUAUUCCGACUGACUGGCUAUUUCUGUUGAAGAAACCUUUCCCAGCCCUGAGCACAGUGCAACUUGUUCAUUUCCAAGCAGUGCCUUUGACUGAAAAUAAUGUCUGCUGCUUUUGAAGUAUAUAUUAUUCCUGGCGUCGUAAGAGGUCAUUUGUUCCUCAUUCGUUGUUUGCAUAAUGCACUAUAAUGUUCAAAUUUUUAAAAAUUAAGGAUAUCGAUUAUGUUUUGUGGCAAGUGUGGCUAUUACACAGCACCAAGACACCCAUGGCCGACCUUGUAGAAUCAGUUUCCUUACUAAACAGUGAGUUUUAGCCUGAGAGUUUUUGCUGCUCUAGAUUAACAAACAAUUAUAAUUUAAAAUUAAUUUCUUUUUAAUUCUAAAAUUAGUUAAAAUUUCUGGUUGGAGGUAGGGUAGAUGCUAUUUAAAACCCAGAUUUUUACAGCACACCUGUAGAUCUGCAUAGCUCUUCGCUUCAGAGAAGAGACAACACAGUAAUACAUUGGACAUGCACAGUUAUAAAUGUAAUUCAUUGUACCCUUGGAUUUUUUUUAUUGUAACACUGUAUGAUAACCUAAAUGUUUACUUGUGCCUUUGCUUUAAAUAAUUAAAAUUUCUCAUUUUGCAAGA